AUGACAGGAUUGGACUUUGAGGAGAUGAGGCAAGAGUUCGGAUACGGGAGCUCGCGCAGGCGCCUUGGCGGCAGGGAGGAGCGAGGGCGUCGCAGCAUCUGCCGGUUCCCCUUGGAGAAUUGCGGCGAUGACUCCGUGCAGCGCAGCGCCCGCGUCGGGAGCCGCGGCCGCCGCCCCCGAGGGCAGCGCCACCGGCGGCAUGGCGCCGCAGCCGGCGGCCAGGUUCUUCCCGCUGCCCAGGCAGCAGUCGCUCGCCUCGCCCUUGGUGCUCAACCCCUUCGUGCAGGAGGCGCGCCUGGACGCGAAGGACAAAUCCCGGUGUCCUACUCUGUCCUCGCAUUCUUGGGUCGUGCCUUGUUCUUCGUGAUGGGCUUCCAAGUCAACGUGAAAGGGGAACCAGCCAGCCCAGAGCAAGCGCCCAUCCUUGCCGCUGCACCCCACUCCAGCUUCUUCGAUGGGAUUGUCUGUGUCAUGGCCGGCCUGCCAUCAAUAGUAUCUCGGCAAGAAAACCUCGCCGUGCCCAUUAUUGGCCGAAUCCUAAGUGCUCUCCAGCCAGUUUUGGUGUCCCGGGUUGAUCCUGAUUCUCGGAAGAACACAAUCAAUGAAAUAAAGCGACGCGUGACUUCGGGAGAACACUGGCCCCAAAUCUUGAUUUUCCCAGAAGGCACAUGCACGAAUCGGUCAUGUCUCAUCACAUUUAAACAAGGGGCGUUUGUCCCAGCUGUCCCUGUUCAGCCAGUGCUUAUUCGGUACCCAAACAAGCUGGAUACCGUGACCUGGACGUGGCAGGGCUACAACUUCAAAGAGUUGCUCGUCCUGACUUUGUGCCAGUUCUGUACAAAAGUUGAAGUUGAGUUCCUUCCUGUCUAUAAUCCAACCGAGGAAGAAAAGAACGAUCCAAUUCUUUUUGCCAGUGGAGUCCGUAACGAAAUGGCAAGUGCUUUAGAUGUGCCAGUCACGGAUCACACGUAUGAGGACUGCAGGCUGAUGCUUUCUGCAGGGCAGCUGACGCUGCCCAUGGAGGCCGGCUUGGUGGAAUUCACGAAGAUCAGCAAGAAGUUGAAUCUAAAAUGGAACAACAUCCGAGAGCAGCUGGAUCAGUUUGCCACAAUCGCCAGCGCCUCCAAAGGUGGCAGGAUCGGCAUCGAGGAGUUUGCCAGCUACCUGAAGCUGCCCGUCUCCAGCGUUCUUGAAGAGCUGUUUGCCCUUUUCGACAGGAACGGAGAUGGUUCCAUUGACUUCAGAGAAUACGUGAUCGGCUUGUCUGUUCUGUGCAACCCUGCCAACACAGAACAGAUAAUCCAAAUGGCGUUUCAGCUCUUUGACCUUGAUGACGACGGUGUCAUAACUGAAGAUGAAUUUGCCUUAAUUAUCCGCUCCUCGCUCGGGCUGCCUGACCUUGACGUUUCUAAUCUCUUCAAGGAAAUAGAUGCUGACAACACUAACAAGCUCUCCUAUGAGGAGUUCAAAGAUUUUGCCCUGAAACAUCCUGAGUACGCCAAGCUAUUUACAACUUAUCUUGAGCUGCAACGCUGCCAGUUGUUUCCAGAGACAGAAUUCGCUUCCUGUAUACCCACUGCAAAAUCCUCCAUUUCACAGACCUCUGUACCAAGGAAUAAAGUUUGUCCUCAGACCUCUGCAGAUGACCACUCAAACGUCUCUGAUAAAAAAGAAGACUGAAUGUCAAGAGGCUGCGAAUAUUAUUUUGUUUUGUUUUUAACUUAACCUGCGUAAGGAUGCUUUUUCUUAAAAAUCAGAAUGAAUUUAUUUUUAUUAUAGAAAGUGAAGACACAGAUUAAAUGGCUUUAUUAAAAAUGCUGAGAGCAACUAUUUCUAAUGAUUCCCCACCCCCUUGUUUUUGCCUCAGGAACUGUGUUUUCUUUGCUCCUGUUUUACCCAACGAUUUGUAUCAAGCAGAAGAUACAACGAGGGGCUUUUCAAUCAGAAAAAAAGCAUAUUUUUUCCUCUUUGCUUUCUGGCAGGAGUUUCUGAACUGUCAAGGACUAUUCCUGGAUGACGCUACAGAUUUUUCCCAGUUCUGAGCUAGUUUGGCAAGAAUUGCAACAUCGUAAACAAAGAGAGAUGAAGCUUACCUCUCAAGUGGGCUUCAUAGCAAAACCACAUCAUCCUUUUUUUCUAGUACUUAUCCGCAAUUCCCCAUCCAUCCAAAUCCUACAAGCCUACAGAAGAUGCUACCACCCCCUGUCUCCCCAUCACUUUACUUCUGCUUCUCUACCUUGGCUAGUUUGUUAGAUGUCCGUGGAGAUUGCUUCCUUGAUGGUACAGCUGUGUGAACCAGCAACAUUGGAGUCUGCCAAACUUGUGGAGGGGGUAGGAGCUGCUUCAGGGGCUGCCAUGCCUUUCAGAAAAGAGGAACAUGUUGAGACAAGAAAAGCUCUUCCAUGUACCACAGCCACUUCACACGCUAUUUGAAGUGCAAGAGCCAAAGGUUGGCCUACAGAUAAGAUGGUUGAGGUGAAGAUGCGAAGAUAAGCCCAGAAAUCACCCCUCAUGCAUUCUUUCAUGUGCUCAGCCCUGGCCAGGAAGCAACCCAAGCCAGGAUCAAGUCCACAAAUGCUCAGGAACACUAGUGACUAUUUCCACAAAAUAUGAAAAGUACGUAAUUCUUCAGAGUAUGCAAUGCCCACAAGUCACGUAUGAAGAAGUGGAACACCAUUGAACAGACUGGUGGACUUGUUUGGACUCUCUUCCUGAUGGAUGCCCAUGGGAAUGCUUAGAGAAGAGAGAAAGUGGGACACCACCCAGGGAGCCAAGUGGAGAAAAUCCAGUGGAUUCCCACCACUAAACCAGAUUCCUCACACAUCUCUAGUUGGGGCAGCCUGGUAGAGCAAUUGUGUCCAUUAACCCUGGAAAAAUCUUGAGAUAUAAUAGAGUUUGAGAGGUCAAGCCAGGGAGAUAAUUUCCUGACCAACUGAAAAUGAAGAGAAGCAAGAGAUAUGGUGAAUUUUAUCCCACUGAGCAUCACAGGUUACCAGAUGGCCCUUUUCUAAAAUGGCAAGUGUGGGCAACACAAAUAUUCCACUAUCCCCAAAUAACUCUGAAAUACUGACAGCGCACAGUGAGGGAAAAUGUGUUUUCCUUUAAAACAAGGAGAAUGUGCAGCUGGUUUUCAUGUAAAGCUCCUUCUAGGAAAACAGAGUUGUGGGAAACCAGGUGCAUGCGUCUCUUCUUUUAAAUGGAAAAUACUAAUUUUUCUUCCUUUCUGCUAGUACAUUUCAGAAGCUGAUCUUGCUGCAGAACCUCCAGGCUUGCCCAUCCCUGUAUUAGUAUGACAGAGUUUUUUCUGCCAGUGCUCACGAGAUUAACAAUAACUGCUAACUUAAGCAUGUGGGAAUCCAAGCUUAAGACCUAUGUUUAUGUGGUCCUCUUCUUCCAGAGCUUUCUUUCAUCCCUUUGAAACUGUGAUAAAAUGGCCCAAGCUUGGGGAAAACCAAACCUGGGCUAGGAGAAUAACUAAGACAAUUCCAGUUUUGAGAUAUAAAAAAUCAUUGAAGUCCAAGAAUCAGUACACAAUGUAAUGAUGUCCACCAAAUCUGGAUGGCUUUCAACAGGGGCAUGAUCAAUUCCUGGAGGAUAAGAAGCCUUGGUGACUAUAGGUUACCCAUGCCAGUUGCUGAAGAACAUUGGUGGGACAAAGAUUUUUGCCCUCAUAUCCUGCUUAUGGGAACCUGAGCGCAGGUGGAGGGAAUGCCCAAGUAGGUGGACCUUUGCUUCGAUCUCAAAUGGCUUUUAUGUUCACAUCGAAAGAGUGUCAGAAAUGGUCAGCUGCCUUUACAAGAAAAGGAAACCAAAUUAACUAGCUCAACUAUCCAAAAACCCUAGAAAUAAUUUAUCAAAGCAAGGUGGGACAAAGCCCCUGGAACCUUGCAGUGUUCUGUAGCCUUGAGUCUUUGCCAGCCCUGUGUAGGCAAACGACAAUUUCACAGUCAAAGUGGUUAGUAUGCAGGACGCAGUCGGAUAUUGACCAAUAGCCCAAAUUGACUUGACCUUUGGGUGAUUCCUACCUGUACGCAUGUAACCUAAGUCUGAAAAAGCCUAUGAUGCAAACCAAUAGAUUUAGAAAUCCUUAUAUUAGGAUGGGCAGAUCUAUAAAUUUUAGUUCUCAGUUUCUCAUGUUUCCAAUAUUCCAUUCUGUUUGUCCUGAACUUUCUGAAUUUUUCCCAUUUGGUUUGUCUUGAAGAUUUAUAAUUUAAAAUAUGAAGGUAGUGUGAAAAUGUGUAUUUCUCCUUGUGUAUAUAUUUUUUCCAGAUAUGUCUAUUUUUCUAUGCAACUGUGCCUAAUAAAUUUGUUUACGCAAGCCA